AUGGAAUCUUUCCGACUGGGAACCACAGCUAUCGCUGACCACUCCUUCAACAAGGACCACACCUUCGUUGCCGUGGCUCGAGAGAACAAUGUCACUCUUCUGCAGCGAGCCAACGGCAAGAUUCGACCAGUUCCUGGAAAGGCCGGCACUCUGCGAUUCCACGACAAAACCGUGACCGGUGUGGAUAUCUCUUGUGAUGGCCGAAUUGUCACCUGUUCUCAGGACCGAAACGCUACUGUUUGGGAGCUGCAGCAAGACGGUACCUGGAAGCCCUUCCUGGUGGUGCUGCGAAUCAACCGAGCCGCCACCACCGUGCGAUGGUCUCCCGAUGGAUCCAAGUUUGCCGUAGGAUCCGGAGCGCGAAUCAUUGCCGUGUGCUACUUCGAGGCCGAGAACGACUGGUGGAUCUCCAAGCACAUCAAGAAGCCCAUCCGAUCCACAAUCACCAGCGUUGCGUGGCACCCCAACAACGUUCUGUUGGCCGCCGGAUCCACGGACGGACACGCCCGAGUCUUCUCCGGCUACAUCAAGGGUGUUGACGCCAAACCCGCCCCCACCGCCUGGGGAGAGCGACUGCCUUUCCAGCAUCUUUGUGGUGAGUUUGCCAACAAGACCUACGCCUGGGUUCACGACGUGGCCUUCUCUCCUUCCGGAAACUCUCUGGCCUACGUUUCCCACGACUCCUCCAUCACUGUGGUCUACCCGUCUGCUCCCGAUGCUCCCCCCAAAGCUGUCAUCAACCUGGACACCUCCUUCCAGCCCUUCCGAUCUCUGGUGUGGACCACGGAAGAUCAGAUCGUUGCUGGAGGCUACGACUGCUAUCCCAUCAUCUUUGGUGGCUCUCAGUCUGGCUGGAAGCAGACUGGCGCUAUUGAUGACCCUAAGAAGAACAAGAAGAACUCUGGCCCCGCCUCCCAGUUCGAUGAGGAUGGAAUGCCCACCGGCUCCGCUCUCAACAUGUUCCGAGCCAUGGAUCUCAAGGGAACCACUCAGCAACCCAACGAUGAUGAUCUGCUGACCAUCCACCAGUCUCCCAUUGUCACUCUGCGACCUCUAGACGAGGAGGGAGGACGAGUGACCACUAUUUCUUCCACUGGAGGAGAUGGCCAGCUGGUUAUCUACCGGGUUUAG